AGAGCUGUGGGGGCAGGACGCGAUACAGGCCAUGCAGCCCCCUUGCGAGGCCGAGCUGCCCUCCGCGACCCCACAGCUGGCAGCGCGGGAUGAGCUCCCCACCCCAGAGCCCUGGCGUCAGCUCUUCCGUGGCCUGCGCUACCAGGAAGCUGAGGGCCCAGGGAAGAUUUGUAGCCGCCUGCGGGAGCUGUGCCGGCGCUGGCUGGAGCCCCAGCGCCGCAGCAAGGAGCAGAUGCUGGAGCUGGUGGUGCUGGAGCAGUUCCUGGCCAUCCUGCCCCCGGAGAUGCGGAGCUGGGUGUGCAGGUGCCGCGUGGAGACGUGUGCCCAGGCCGUGGCCCUGGCCGAGGGGUUUCAGCUGGGGCAGGUGGAGGACGAGAAGCUCCAGGUGACAGCCUUUGUUUGGUGCCAUCUGCACCUCCACGUGUCGGGGGAUGUUCCCCCCAGAUCCCGGCUCCCCAGUGACACACGUGUCUCGUCCCCAGGUCACCGUGCGUGUGAAGGGCGAGGAGGGGUCCUCAGACCAGAUGCAGCCCCCGGGGGCCCUGCCGGAGCCUGGUGAUUCCCGGGGGCAGCA